CUCUCCCUCCUCAUUUAUAUUCAUAGUGACUAUUUUUCUCCUCUCUCUCCCCCUCCCCACAUUCUUCAUCUCUUAUCUUCUCUCUCUGCUCGACGAACCUCUCUGUAUCUUGUUGUUCGUUCCCCAAAUGAGUGCAUCUCGUCGAGCAGACACUAUAACCAACUAUGGCGGACGUUCCGAACGGUGGCAGAAUUGUGCCCAUAGUCGCGGCCCCCCGUCAGCAUUAUUCCAGUACUCCCGCCGUUGAGUCGGUGGGUAAUCAACCUCAACCCCAACCAAAGCCCUCCAAAUCCUCUAGAAGUACGCGCCAAAAGGCCGCCGAGGCCGAAUGCUUGGAGAUUCCGUGUCUCAACGAGCUAGGGCUCUAUGCGCUCCCGACCGAGGGCGACGGCAAUUGCCUGUACUAUGCCCUUUCCGAUCAAUUGUACGGCGACUUCCUCCACGCUGACCAAAUCCGUGUUCGUCUCGCGGAUCACAUCUUGGCCAACAAGGAUUACUUCAUGAGUUUUAUAGCUGCUGCUGGCGGAGAACGCAGGGCACCACGCCGCGCAGCAGCCAAAGCAGCCAGACAAACCUAUUGCUCCUCGUCAUCAGCCAGUCCCGCGCCCCUCUCGGCCCGGGAUAAGGAGCGUAGCUUCGACACUAGAGUGGCUGAAUCGCGAAAGAAAGGCGUCUGGGGUGGCGCUGAAGAGAUUCAGGCAUUCUGCCAAUCUUUCAAGAGGGAUGUGGACGUCUACACGAUGUAUGGAAUUCAGAACUUCCGUGAUGUUCACGCACCCGUCGAUGAACACAGAGAGAAAGUGCACAUCGCAUUUCACGAUUUUCAUCAUUAUUCGUCGGUCCGACAUACGAGCGGGCCGCAUACUGGACCACCUUCUAUAGCACCCAUUGACAAGGAGCGUCAGGAGGAAGCUUCUUCCGCCAGCUCGACUGUCGUGGACGUGGCCACCCCAUGGAAAAUUUCGGCCAUCCAGGAGGGUCUCGGGGGCAAAUACGACCGCGAGACCAUUGUAGGCAUGCUGCAACAGUGCCGUGGUAACAUCGACCGGGCUUUUAUCAACCUGAUCGGUGAAGACGCCAACUGUAGCGAAGCAGAUGCGCCCACCUCGAAGGCUAUUAUGAAGUCGCGCCUGCAGCCGUCUUCGCGAUCUUCGUCUCCAUUCAGUACGGGCAGCAAACGCUCCGCGGAUGAAAGCGAAGUUGAAGAGAACCCCCGGCCGGCCGUUCGGCGCACGCGGGCUCGGGAGAAUAAACGACGCAUUCUUCCCGAUGUGACCGUCGGAAUUGCCUUCAGAGAUAAUCAGAACGAUCUUGUUUCUCUGCGACUGCGGGUUAGUCCUGACACAGUUGCACCCAAGAAGCAUUCCUCCUCGGAGCCAGCCAGCGACGGCACCGACUCUUCGAAGAAGGACCCCAAGCUCAAGAUUAAGUUCCGAACGGCAGCUUCCGCUCCUACAGAAUCCGCUAGUCGACAGCCGACUGAACCUAGUGAAGAGCCCAAGGCCACGCUGCGACGAAGCAUACGACUGUCAAAAAGUCGCAACGCCCCCAGGGCCGGUUAA